AUGACCGCAAAAUCUGCAUUUCUGGUUGCCACUUUUUCGACAAAUUCCUUUCAGCGGUUUUCGCAGAGCGUACAUCGCACAGCUGGUCAUUGUUUAAUAUUUAACUUUAUAAUGAAAGUAAAUCAGUAACGUUUAAUUGGGAGUCACUGCUGCGAAUCAGAAGGGCCUCUUGGACUUUAUAACUACUGUUGGAGGAAGAUUCAUAAUUUAUUCAAAAUGCGUUUUGUACGCCGCGGAACUGUCCCCAAGAUCGCUGCCGGUUGUUGUGUAGUGGUUCUAAUGGUUACAUUAUAUAUAUUGAACGAUGAGCGGGAUUUAGAUAAAAACCUUAAAAUCGAAAUUAUCGAGCGCUCCAUACGAUCGGUGGUUAAUCAGGGCGAGUGCCGCCAUCCCCACCUUCCCCUGGACAAUCCAGAUAUCAUGAAGUUCUACAAGCCGGUAAAGCGAAUUAACUGCGGCGAGGGAAUCGAUUGGGUGAUGUGCGAGAAAUCAAUUUGCUUUGUACGCCCCGAGAUUGCGUCCAGUCACGAGGAUGUUACCUGCUCCUAUACAGACAUCAUUCGCAAGUCGGACUACAAAGUACGCUUUGGGCGAACUCUGCGUUUGAAAGAGCCUUAUGUUCUGCAGGCCAGCGACUUUGUCAAAGUUGCUUGCCGGUCUUCCAAUGGCGAGAGUUGGUUUGGCAUGGCGCAUGGAAUAAGGGAUACAGUGUCACGUCCCAUGGCCGCUAAUUUCUCUCCGAACUUGGCAGUACUACCGCCGGAGGCUGUUGCUCAGGCUCAACAGCAAAUGCAGGAUUUUCCCACAGCCCCCUUUUACAAUGUCCUUAUGUUUGGCUUUGAUUCAUUGAGUCGCAACGCCUAUAUCCGAAAGCUUCCGAGGACCUACGAGUAUCUGACUCAACAGCUAGGUGCUACCGUUCUCAAAGGCUACAACAUAGUGGGCGAUGGGACACCACAGGCAUUAGUGCCUUUGCUGACAGGUUUCACCGAACUAGAGCUGCCAGAGACGAGGAAAAGAUUUUCCGGAGCUGGUAGUGUCGACUCGUAUCCCAUGAUUUGGCAGGAUUUUGCCCGCCUGGGCUAUAUGACCUCGUUUAACGAGGACCUUCCGAAUGUGGGCACCUUCACUUACCGCAUGACAGGGUUUGAAAAUCAGCCUGUGGACCAUUAUCUGCGCACCUACUAUGUACAGGCAGAGCACAUGGCCGCUGAAAGCCAACCCAAUUGCGUUGGCCACCAGCCGGACCAUGUCACUAUGCUUGAGUACACUAAAAAUUUUAUGCUAAAAUAUCGCGAUGCCCCGCGCUUUGUAUUCAGUUUUCACGGCGGCCUGUCACACGACUCCAUCAAUCUGAUCGGAGCUGCGGAUGACGAUGUGCAUGAUUGGUUGGUGGCGCUCAAGGAACGGUCCCUGCUGGACGACACAAUUCUUAUUAUGAUGGCAGAUCAUGGUAACCGAUUUGCAGAGGUGCGGGCCACACUGCAGGGAAAACAAGAAGAACGAUUGCCAUUCUUUAGUUUCGCGUUUCCCGAGUCAUUUAAAAAGCGCUUUCCGCAGGAGUACAAGAACUUUCUGGCCAAUGAGAACCAUUUGACUACACCUUUCGACAUACAUGCCACAUUGAAGCAUAUUAUUCAACUGCAAACCGCUGGUGAUCGAUUGGAGCAGAUUAACGAUAUAAAAACAGACCCUAGUCAACCUGCGAUUCAGAUUUCCGAGCUUGCGCGGGGGCGUUCCAUGUCGCUUCUGGAUCCUAUUCCGAGUAAUCGAUCCUGUGCAGAUGCCUAUAUAGAACCUCACUGGUGUGCCUGUCUUAAUUGGCUGCCUUUGCAACUAAACGACUCACGAUAUACGGGAAUAAUACUCAAGGCUGCCCAAAGCAUUGUCAAUACGAUCAAUUUGGCCACCGUCGAGCAACGCCAGCACUGUGCCCCUCUACAGCUUCUUCGUGUCAAUUGGGCGCUUCGCCUGCAACCGCAUAAGGAGCUAUUGCAAUUCAAGACGAAUAGUGACCGUGACGGAUUCCUGGCGGACAUGACGGGUCAAACGUUGGUCCGGGAUGAAAUGUACCAGCUGCAGUUGGUUACAGUUCCCGGAGAGGGGCUAUUCGAGGCGAGUGUAGCCUAUAGUCUCAACACAUUUACUGCCACAACAAAACUCACGGAUAUCUCACGUGUAAACAAGUACGGAAAUCAGGCUCGAUGCAUAUAUGAUCGCGAUCCGGAACUAAGAAAAUACUGCUAUUGCCGCGACUAAUUUGCGCACAAAAACCUAGUCCAACACAUAAAACUGCAAAGCAAUCAACUCGAAUACAUUUUUGCACUGUUUCUAGAAGUUUGCUUUCUCGUAGCAUUAAGUAUUUUUCCAAAGAAAACAGACAUUGUCUCUCUUUAGUUAAAAGAUCUGCCUCAGUUUGUAAUAUAUACAUGUUCCUUUAAGCAUCGAUAGUAUUGAAUUAUUAAGAAAUAUGUGAAAAAAUAAAGAAAAAGAGUCAAUUCCAUGAUUAAA